CACUAAGCCUCUCGCUCUGUAUAGCAACAGUGGCAUCCUUCCCUUAUUUAUUUAUAUUGGAGUUUUUUUUUUUCCCACCGACUCAUUUUCAUGCUUCUGUCCCCCCACUGUGCAGCCACACUGUGCUCUCAAACUGUGAAAAAGAGUUACGGUGCGAAGAGUAGAGCUGCUUUUACCUUUUGCCUUUCCUUUACUUGCACAAGCUCUAAAACCUACAUCAUUUUUAUAGAUCUCUUUCAUAUAUUCGAAUAGUUGUUUUUAUACUGCACCCCACAGAUGAGUGGACUUUUUUUUUCUGUGCAUUGCACGUAAAAGUAAAAACUAAGUGGGAAAUAUCAUGGAAAAGGCUUGAUUUUCAUGAAGACAUGAAGAGUAUCGUUGACGAGGAGAGGAAAUACCCAGAGGAAUGGCACAGUGGGAAAAUGUGGCACUCAGAAGAGAUGGACAACAACCAAGUGGAGAGGAUCUUUAAAAGAUGGAGGACACAGGCAGAGAGGCAGUACGGGUUGGGAGGAGGGGGGGUAGAGGGACAUUGGAUGGCGUGAGGACCGAGGCCGGUGGUUGGUUUGAUCUGAGCCACGUGUGCGUCCGGCUACGUCUCUUCGCCCCUUCAUGGAUGUUGAUGAAACGUUGGCUUCCCCUGCCGCCCGGUCCCUUCCGUCUUGGCCCAGGUAGGUUUUCUGACAUGAGACGAUGCGUGAGUCCUUGGGAAUAAAAUCAGACAGUAGUACUUCAGUCUGUUACUCUCCAGUGGAUUUACGGCUCAAUAACUAGUGUUGAGGUGCCUAUGAAGCAGGCAGUCAGCUGUUCAGGAACAAACUGUGGUUGUUCUGGGUAGCUCCAAGAUAUGAAUCCCUUUAAGCAAAUGACUGUGAAGCAGAACAGAGAAAACUCCCACUGAGUACCUUCAAGUGAAAACACAAUGGCGCAAUGUCAUCGCUCUGCUCUGUGAUGAACUUCAACCGGGGAUUCAGGCUGAGCACAAUGCUCUACCUCCACAACACAGGGCAGCCUUGAACUCUGCACCGUCACUCUCUCUAUCCUCAGCCAUGAGUGUAACUGAAAGCCGAUAGUAUGUGAUCAACAGCGCCGUGGCACCCAACAUCCUGCUGCUUCUCCAACUCAAUAAAACAUAGCUGGAAUAUUCAGUCUGUGUUGCGAAAAUGGCAGAAGAGGGUUUCCAGCUCAGAGCGCUAAACUGUGCCGAGGACAAUGAGCUCCAGCAAGCCGACUUCCCGACGUCAUCGCUAGCAUCCCUCCAUCUCAGGGACGAAGCCGUGGUCAUCAACGAGAGCACCAACCAUAUGGGAGAUAAUCCCGAGCCUCAUUCUGUAGUUUCUGUAACGUCAUCACCGCUUAACCAAUCUCAACAGCAGACCGACACAUCCGGGGCUACUAGGCCUGAGCCUUCACCAGCAGUUCAAGAGUUCUUGGAGCCUGAGAUGGGCCAAGACGACGGCGAGCCUCACUCUCGCAACCCGACAGCGUUCCUGCAGGACUUUUCCUCCCCCGUCGAUCAUGUUGACGCGUUUGCUGCACUAAGAGCCAACAUUGUCAAGGAAGGAGAACUUCAAUCCAAGAACAACAUAACCAAAGCAAUGGCAGCAUGUGACUCCAGCUCUGAUGACAGCCAUCUGUCGGAUGCAGAGUGGUACUGGGGAAAUACCUCGAGAGACGAAGUAAAUGCGAUGAUGAGAAACACUCCUGAUGGCACGUUCCUGGUCCGAGAUGCUUCCAGUAAGGUUAAGGGGGAAUACACUCUCACACUAAGGAAAGGUGGCUCCAACAGACUGAUAAAGAUCUUCCAUCAUGAGGGGAAGUACGGCUUUUCUGAGCCACUGGCCUUUACCUCUGUGGUGGACCUGAUCCAGUAUUUCCAGAAUAAGUCUCUGGCCCAGUACAACUCUAAACUGGACACCCAGCUACUCUAUCCCAUCACCAGAUACCAGCAGCAGCAGAUUGCGAUUGACGUUGACAUUGAUGCAGUUGGAGAACAGCUGAGGAUAUUUCAGGAUCAAUACAAAGAGAAGAGCAAAGAAUAUGAUCGUCUGUUUGAGAAGUUUAACCAAACCUCUCAGGAGCUGCAGAGCAAGCGGACAGCCAUAGAGGCUUUCAGUGAAAUCAUUCGGAUCUUUGAGGAGGAGUGUGAAACACAAGAACGCUACAGCAAAGAAUAUAUCGACAUGUUCCUCACAUUAGACAGCAGUACACAGUCGGACAAGAUUCAAAACAAUUCAGAUGAGCUGCAUUCGAGGGUGGAGGAGAUCCACAACAGCAAAAAGAAGUUGGAGGAGGAGCUGAGGAGGAAGGCGUUGGCUCACAUGGAGGUCGACAAGAAAAUGGACACCCUGAAGCCCGACCUGGUGCAGCUCAGGAAGAUCAGAGAUCAAUACCUGCUCUGGCUCACCCAGCAAGGCACGAGACCGAGCCAGAUAAAUGAUUGGCUGGGUAUAAGGAAUGAAGAUGAAGACCCGUACACUCUAGCAGAUGACACCGACCAGGAGGAGAGGAGCUGGUACGUUGGUUGUAUGAGACGAAAGGAGGCAGAAGAGCUGCUGAGAGGGAGGAGGGACGGGACCUUCCUCAUCAGAGACAGCCAGACUCAGAGAGGCUCCUUUGCCUGCUCUGUUGUUGUGGAUGGGGAUGUGAAGCAUUGUGUGAUCUACAGAACACCCACAGGGUACGGCUUUGCCGAGCCCUUCAACCAGUACCCAUCGCUGAGAGAGCUGGUCCUCCACUACCGACACACAUCUCUGAUCCAACACAACCAGCAGCUGAAUGUAACGCUGGCCUGGCCCGCUCUCAGCCAGCAGCCCAGCUGAGACACACCAGCAUGCCACCCUGAUGGCACUUUCCCCAAAGCUUCAUUAUUUCCACCACGGAUGCACCAACAUGGACACUGUUCCCAGGCUCUAACAAAGUACCAUACGUCACUCAGAUCUAAAAAUCCCACCCUGGUAAGAACAAAAAAAAACAUUACUGAACAACAGUCACAUGGAACAGAUUUUCUCCUCUAGUUUUGAGGCUGAUUAGUCGAUUGUCAGCUUUGUGUACAACGGUUGCAUAUUGACUGCAGCUCUGUGCUAAGCUAGCCAAUUUCUCUUUUUAAAGCUAUUAUUCCUAAUACUAGAAAUCCCAUUUGCUCGCCAUCUGCACAUACAGCUUGGAAAAAAAACACAAUUGGGAUUAAGUACUUAGCUGAAUUCAACAUUGAACUAAAUCUUUGUAGCAGUACUGAAGUAGUACUGAAAUACUGCUUCCACGUGAUCACAGUACUGGUGUCAGCCAGGUUCCCAAACUGGCGCUGGUACUGGCACUAAAGUGGAAGUAUCAAAGUUAAAAACUCUUAACAGUGCAGUGGUUUAUAAUGGCAAUAUCAGGGUACCACAGGAUACCACUCUAGCUGUCAGAAUGCUUUCUAUAAGUACACAAUCAAAGCAGACAGAUAUCAUUUGGCUUGCUAGAGAAAUUGACUGAAGUUAUCCACCAAUCCAGACACUAAAUACUUCAGUUUUUUCUGAAAGUAAAGCACAAGAAAUCAUAAAUACUUUAAAAAAAAGCAUAUAUUACGUUUCAUAUAGAAUUCAAGUCAUGGUGUGAAUCAGCCAUCAUCCCUCCACAGUACAUAUCUUAAAUCCUUAUAAAUCAGUGCAGUUGCAGUGUUUAAGGUGCUUCUUGGAAACUGAGCUCAGGAUGGAACUCUGCACUACCAUGCCCAUGUGCAUUAUGGGUAGUGUAAUAUAGAAACUGAGGUGACACACAAGCACUUUAUCCAAACAAGACAACCAGAACACACAUAAGCACAGAAAUGAGCGUUGAAGAUUUGUGAGACACUCAUUUCACAUAUUGAUGUUGCUGGUUGGGAAAAAAAAGUUUAUUUAAGUGGAAUAUAAAAGUUAUUUUCUUAUUGUCAUCUUCAUUCUGCACUUUUCCACAAUAUCCUCCGGACAUUACAAAUAGAAAGAAAUAGCUGUGCAUGGGGGACCUCUGUGGUGUAUUUAUACUUUAUAGCCCCUAUGUGUGCAAUGUUUGUUGUCAUUAUAGCGAUUCAAUUAUUGACAGAUGAAGAUUUUUGUUCAUAGAAAAAUGAGACAAUCAAGCUUAAAUUCUUGUAAUCUGUAAAUGUGUCUGUUUAACACUUUAAAGUGUUAGUUAUAUUAUAUGAGCGGGUAUUAACUGUGAAGCAGCAGACAUGAGGCACAGGAAAACAAAGAAAGCUUUUCUGUGUGUGGUGUACAUGCCCAUCUUUGAAUACCAACCCAAUAAGCACAGUUACUUAGGCAUAUGGGAGAUCAUACUGCUUCAGAUUAACCUUUGAUUAAUCAGACAGCUGUAUUUAAAGCUCUAUAUUUUUCUGAGGAUUUACCUGGAGUUGGUGAUCCAGGAGCUUUGACAAGUCCCUGGAUGUGGGGAGUGUUAAUACACAGGCCUUUUAGAUUUCGGGUUGAAAAGUGCCCUUAAGUGUUCCUGUUGCAGCCAUCCUGUUUCCUUUGUGUUACUCUCAGGAGAGAUGUCUUGUCCCCUACACGGGUAUGAUGUUGGGUGGAAACAGCAAGGUUCUGAUGAACCAAACACUGAGGUUGUGUCUAGCUGGAUACAAGGCUUCAAUAGCACAAAUACCCUGGAGUACCCUCAAGGAGGGUCUUAUUAUCAAAGUUAAUUACUAUCCCUAUUAUAGAAUCAUAUUUAAAUCAUUAUAUUUAAUAGGGCUGGCUAUCAGUACUCAAUACCUUUAAAAAGGUAUUGACCGAAAUAACCAAGAACCAAGUAGUAUCGAAAGUUCUCGUGUCAAACAAUAUCUGCCAUCGAUCCUUUUUGUGCCCAGAUCUAGAAAAAAAUGAUUAUUGGUUUUGCUCGCAGCCAAUCACAACGAGCGUUCUUCUAUUUAAUGCAACGUGCGAUUGGCCCGUUACUGCAGCAGCUACAACCUAUACUGCCUAACCGUUUUCACCUGUGGGAGAACUGAAACCCUGCAGGGCUUCCUCAACGACGUGGUCUUGUUACUAUGGGUCGGGGGACGGCGUGAUGAGCGUUAAACGCUGUAUGAGCGCUGUUCGGUGCCGCAUCCAUUAGCUACCGGUGGGACAUCAGUUCACAUGAUGGGUAUCAAAUGAAGUACUCUGUUGGUAUCCGUAUCACUUUAAGGGUACUGGUAUUGGCAUAGUCAUUUUUUAAACAAUACCCAGCCCUAAUACUUAACUAUUUUGUAAAAGUGAUUGUCAAAUAGACCAGCUGUGGAUCAAAUAUAGUAUGUUACGAUCAAAUGUGACUAAAUUAUGAUAUUGAAAUUCACUCGUUUGGUAAAUGUUGGAAUACAGCA